AUGUUCUCCACCCGCCUGUUCGCCUCCGCCGCCCUGGUCGCCGUGUUGUUCGUGUGUCAGUGCAAGGGAGUUCCUGUCGCGAAGCCGGAAGAUGGGGCGUUGAUCACGGUGGGAGCCGAGACGACGGCCUUGAUUCCGACCAGCUCGAACUCGACGGAGCUGUUGCUGCCGCCCGUGCUGCUGCGGAUGCGGCUGCUGUGGAUGCGGAGGAUGCGGAUGCUGCGGAUGCGGAGGAGGACGCAAGAGGCGCUCGCUCCAGAACCUCCGUAUCGCCCACAUGAACCAGAUCGAGGGCAUCACCAAGAGGAGUCCUCCCCCAUCGAGGCCACCGAGCAGCUGAAGAGCCAGACCACCAACCCCAUCAUCGCCAAGCUGGCCGCCUUCAGCCCCGCCCACCUGCUCACCAACCUGCACGACCAGUUCAAGCAGGCCGUCCGGCAGUUGGUCUUG